AUGGAACGAUCAGAACCGCAGGGAGGUGAAGAGACCUCGGCGCUUUACAGCGGAAAGGCAGCAUGGCUCGAUGCGGCGAUGAAGCUGGAUGGGGAGGGAAACUUCCAGAAGGUUCCCACCACGGUCUGCGCUAGAAAAAUGGACGAUGCUCUGAAGCACCUGGAGAGUGAAGAAGCCGGGGGCAUCACCAAGGAGAUGCGGCACGAUCUCAUCCGGCAGACCUUCGAAAAGGUCUACUUGAACAUGGGCUCCGAGAUUCCACCUGAGCAGCUCAAGAACGCGAUCGUCAUCAAGACGAACAAGUUCCAUCCCGUGACGGUGGUCUUCCUGCAGAUCAUUACCCUCGGGCUUUUCACCGUCUUCCGCCCUCAGGACGACGAGACCAUCCUUGUUCUCACGGAGGGUGGGCGCGUUUACCUGCUCAAGGUGGAGCGACCCAAUGCCUUCGGCAUUGACCUGCAGGUGGCCUUGAUGACCUUUUUGAGGCUUCUUCUCGUGAUGAUCCUCAUUGUCACUGCUCCCUCCUUUGUAGUCAUGGCCUUUGGCUACAGCGGCAUGGACACUGGCGGCUUUGAUAUCAAGGGCGAGGGCAACUUCAUCCAGACGGAACUCGAGCUGGACCAGAAAGUCUACGGCAAGGCUGCUCGGAAUUCUGCCGUGCUCAUGGGGGUAGGUGGAUCCUUGUUGAUUGGAGCCGCGUGUUGGCUCUACACGCACUGGCCCGCUGACUAUGCGACCCGUUCGCGUCAAAGCUUUAAGGCUGAGACGGUCUCCUCCAUCCAGUACACGAUCUCCGGGGCAAAAGUUGCUCGUAAGCUGAUCAUGCGCCUCUACUUCGGGAAGUACCCGGGGCAGGCCGCUCUGGAUGGUGUGGGGCUGACGAUCGGAUGCUCUGCAGGCCCCGUGCCAACUUCCGAGCUCUGCGAUCCGGCCGCGGCGGCUCUCGGAAGUGGCGGCAAGAACUCCAAGGCCCAGAAGGUCCAGGAAGCGCAGUCCACCAACUUCUCUCCUCUGUUCGUAACAAUUCUGACGGUGACCCUCUUCUUGGUGACCACGCUGGAUGCCUGCUUCACCUGGUUCGACCGGGUGGUGCAGAUCUCGCAUAUGGCGACGGUGCGAGAGUUCUGCGUGGAGGCACCUUCGGACAUCGAGGAGGGGAAGGCCUAUUGCACGGUGUCCAAAUGCACCGAGUGGGCCAAGAGCAUCGACUACGACGCCGAUUUCUGUGCAGGGGUGCAGUACUACGAGACCAAGACCGUCCCCAAGACGAAAGACAACGAGACCGACUACACUUCUGAGGAGAUGGUCACCAACAGCGAGGUGAUGGCCAUCUGCCUGCAGUACGGACACUCCGAGGGCACUUGCUGCGGCGGCUGCCUGCUGUCGGUGAAGGAUAUCUUCGGGGGCGGAUGGUAUGAAGUCAUGAAGACCAUCCUCGAGGUCGUGGGCGAUGUUGGGGCCCUUCUCUUCUCCUUCGUGGCGGCAAAGUACGCCAUGACCGUGUCAUCAGCCAGUGAGCACUUGGAGAUCGUGUGCCAACGUGCCCCGACCUGUUGCGGCUGCUUCACACCAGACACCCUCUCCGACUUCACGUCCUCGGAGCCCCUGGCGCUCAAGUUCUUGGAAGAGCUGUUCAUAGAGGCUUGGGACAACGAAGCCGAGGACCAACAGGUCGUGGCAGACCCCAGCUUAAACAUCGACGGCGAGGAUGAGGAUCGGGGCGUGAAGGCCUACGCCUUGGAGAAUCAGAUGCCCACCUGGGAGGAGUUCCUGGCGGAGAAAUCCAUCGUUGAGAUGGAUUUCGCGAAGAUGCUCCUGAAGGUGAAUGUGCCUGUGAAAGCACUUGGUCUGGCCGACACGGCCAACAACAAGGAGCAGGUGGUGGCUGCAUGGUCCGAGAUGGAAAGGAUGAGGUUUUCUGACUUGGGCCCCUCCGUGCUCUACGGCCUCAUCGUACUGGGCCUGGCCCUCCUCUUCGCGCCUACGUACACCAUCGAAGUCGGAGAUCACACUCUCGUCGGGGCCAGCAAGGUUAUCGAGGCAGUCGCUGCAGGGCUGCUUGUUGCGAUCCUGCAUCUCAUGUUCCGCUUCUUCGUGGAGUUCAGGAACUCGAUGCAUGCGGUCGUCGUCACUGAUAUGCGCCUCUUCUACAUCCGCCAAAAGUUCCGCUUGCCUGGGACCAGUCUCUUGGGCGUAGACCUUCGCGUCGAUGCAUUCCGCCACGACCGAGAUCUAUUUUACGGCCGAUGCACGAACGUGAUCUUGCCUUGGUACCAACGUUGCAUGGGCUAUAAGUUCAUGCCAGGGAUGGUCUACAUGCAGUGCAAGAAGGGCGUCCUCAAGCUCACACGGCAGAGCGGCAAUGCUAUGGACGUUUUCCACGUCGUUUCGAUGUUGGCACGGAAGAGUAUGAACAUCAGCAUGGAGAAGCUGCAGAAGGCCGGCAUUGAUCAACAUACGCUGAUGCUUUGCAAGAACUCUGUCGAAAAAGGUCUCUUCAAGAAGAAAGACGCCGAGGACAAGGAAAUUAAGGGGGUCUGGGACAUCCAUCCGCAAGAAACCGAUGUAGUCAGGCGCUCGCCAGACAUCUACCUCUGCCACGAGGACGAGGCGCCCCUCUACCACUGGUCCGGCACGGAGGCGGGUGUGCUGGCGUCCCCAUACAACUCCACGACGGACGUCAUCGUCACUACGGACCGGGUCUUCCUUUGGCAGCGGCCGUUGUUGAAGUCCUUCGAUUGCAAGACCUGCCUCUGUUGGGGAGCUUGCUGGUGCGGAUGCCUGAGCAAAUUCUUCGAGGCUGGGCAGCUGCCUAACACGAUGUCCUUCCUCUGCUACAAAGUCAUGCUCAGCUUCUCCACGGAGUCGCAGAUCGAUCCGCCUCUCCUGACGAAUCCUGCGCAUCCACCGGUCAAUUGCCCCUGCGUCGAUGAGUGCUGUGCCUGCUGCACGAGGUGCGUGACCUGCGAGUCGUUCUGCGAAGUGAUGUGGGACAAGUGCAGUGUCGUACCCCGGCGGCCGAAUCCCCGAUCGCAGCUCUAUUUGAUGUGGCGCUCACGCUACGGUGGGCAGCAGCCGGAUCUUACGACGGUUCUCCGACCGUACAUGGACGAAGUCGCCAACAUGGAGAGUCGGGAAGAUGAUACAGGGCUGGUGAGCCGCGUGAUGAACCUCUUGGAGGAUGCCCAGAUUGUCUCGAGAAGCGAGGAUCCCGAGCAGGAGCAGAUGCUCUCCCGUGAAACCAAGGUGCAGAUCAAGGAAGUGGAGGUCUUGCGAAAGCUCAUGGCCGUUGUGCAAUCUGACCUGGAGCAGACGGCGGUGCCUCAGUGA